UUCUCGGGUAAUCUAUACCAUUGUCCACAGAACUGAUGCAUACGCUUAUUGUGGGAGUGAGCUUGACUUGGAAGAAAAUCUCAUUGCUUACUUGAAGAGACAGUGAGAGAAACAGGAAGGUGGAGGUCUCUUGGGGACAGGGAAGAACUGCAGCUCCGCUGAGCGGGUUUCUGGGAGAGACACAAAGAUACUCUCCCUGCAUGGGCCCUAUUUCAUGGGAUACGUUAAGCAUCCCACGGGGAGUAGAAGGAGGGGGAGACUGGUAUACGCCUUCGAUUCAGUACUUUGUUCAGUUUCUUUUCCACCUGGCCAGGAAUGUUGGGGCUUUUGUUCUUUUUGUUGAACCUUCUGGCUUUUAAAAUCUUGAGAGCCUGGUGAAGACAGUGAUUUUUUCAUGUUCAGAGGCAAAGGAGUAGAGACAGAAAACUUGCUUAAUGGAGGCUCCCCAGCCCAGGCAGCUUUCGGUUCCAGGAAGCGAGUGACGCAACAGGCCUUUCCGGAAAUGACUGCUGUUCUUUCCCUUGCUGGUCUUGAUUUGUUUUGCCCUGGAAGGCCAGCUGAGUACGGCCCCCUUUGAAAGCAGCCUCCCUCCUGUUGGCUGUUUGGAUAAAGAACUGCUCCAGGCAAGCUGUGGCCCUGCUCUUUGUGUCCUCUGACUCAUCCCUUCUCUCUUUGUAACAACUUAUUUUAGUUUUCUGACGUCUUUUGGAGGAGUCUGUUAUGAGUUUAUUUCACAGCUCUGAGGUUUGUGCUUUGGGCUCAUGGAUUAGUUUUCUAAAGAGCUGUGCCUAGAUGAUGACGGGAUCCAUCAUAGAUAAACAUCAGCUCUUAUUUUAAAAUUGAUUGAAAUAAUGAUUUAAAUUUAAAAAUUGGUUUUUAAUCAAACUGUUUAGAAAAACCUCAAUUUUCAAAAUUUGAAUUGUGGUUUAAGGCAAUUUCUCCUGUCGUGAUCCAGCUUUCAGUAGCUAAUACUCCGACUUUACAGAACAGAGAGGUGGGGGUGAACUCCUGGGGUGUGUGAGUUGGCAAAGUUUUAAGUUGAACAUCAACACCAAACGUUUCUCAUCAAGGACUCACCAGCCAUUAGAAAAGGAUAACAUAGGGGGAAGGAACCUUUCAGAUGCUGUGGCCAUGGCUACAGGGCAGGUCUUGUUCCAGCGUUUUUUCUAUACGAAAUCAUUUGUGAAGCAUUCCAUGGAGCAUGUGUCAAUGGCCUGUGUUCACCUGGCAUCCAAAAUUGAGGAAGCACCACGCCGUAUAAGGGAUGUCAUUAAUGUAUUCCACAGACUUCGGUUUCUAAGAGAGAAAAAGAAGCCUGUCCCUCUAAUAUUGGAUCAAGAGUAUGUGAACUUGAAGAACCAAAUUAUAAAGGCUGAGAGGAGAGUGCUGAAAGAACUGGGCUUUUGUGUGCAUGUGAAGCAUCCUCACAAGAUAAUCGUUAUGUACCUUCAGGUAUUAGAAUGUGAACGUAACCAACACCUGGUCCAGACCUCAUGGAAUUACAUGAAUGACAGCCUGCGGACAGAUGCCUUUGUACGGUUCCAUCCUGAGACCAUUGCUUGCGCCUGCAUUUACCUUGCUGCUAGGACUCUGGAGAUUCCUCUUCCAAACCGUCCCCACUGGUUUCUCCUUUUUGGAGCGACAGAGGAGGAAAUUCAGGAGAUCUGCUUGAAAAUUUUGCAGCUGUAUACGCGGAAAAAGGUGGAUUUAGCUGUUCUUGAGAGCCAAGUAGAGAAGAAGAAGCUGGCCAUUGAAGAGGCGAAGGCACAGGCCAAGGGCCUUCUCCCCGACAGCACGCCCAAUUUGGAUGCCGUGUCAGGGUUUUCUCCUGUCCCCAAAACUGAGUCUCCAAAAGAAAAUAAAGGGGCCAAGCCUUCCCCGCUUGCUGCCCAGGUGGUUAAGAAUGCCAAGAAGAAGCCGGAAGGGGCGAAGAGGGUGAAAUCUAACAGUCCUGUCAAUGGCCUUCAGAAAAGCCGAGAGAGCAGGAGUGGAAGCAGAGACCAGAGUUACUCUCGGUCACCCUCGCGAUCGCCAUCCCCAAAGCGGAGGAAGAGCGAGAGCUACUCCCCCUCGAGCGGUUCCAAAUCCCACAGCCGCUCCCGGAGUCGGAGCGACUCUCCCCCGCGGCAGUUCAACCACAGCAGCUCCAGUUACAAGAGCUCCAAGCUGAGGAGUUACAAGAAGGCCCGGAGCUACAAGUACGCCUCCCCCAAGCCCCGGAAGUCCCGCAGCCGGAGCUCCUCCCGGUCCCGGAGCCGCUCGCGGGAGAGGUCCUCGGCCCACUCGGGGAAGUACAAGAAGAAGAGCCAUUACUACCGGGAGCAGAGGCCCGAGCGGCCGCAUCCUUACGAGAGGCCCAGCCAUCGCUACGAGAGGGACCAUCCUGGCCACAGCCGGCACAGAAGGUGAAGCGGGAGCCGAGAGAACAGCCAAAGAGACCCCCCCCUCCAAAAGGGUCCAGGGUUCAACGCGGUGCCUGUUUCUACCUAGGCUGGAUUCUGAGAGCUCAAGAGACAUCUUAUUUUUAUUACUUUUGACAUGUCUGUACACAACGUGCCUGUUGGGUGCAAAUUCUGCCGACGAACACUGAGAAGGAAGGAUCUGGAUCUCUUCUGUCCGUGCUUCUGAUGGAUUCGGGUUCUCUCGUUGGGCGGGAGAGCCUCUCUCUCUGCCUGGAUCUGCUGUCAGUAAGACUGGUGAUGCUCCCUUCUGGUUUUGAGCAGGACUGUGGCCAGAUCAGCAGCCGGAUUCUGUGCAGGGCUGUUGAGAGUGUUCAGCCCCACACACCCCUUUUUAUUUUCUAACGCGUCUUUGGAAACUCAAACCCUAUUGCAUUUGGAGGUGCUAACCGCGGUCCUUGUUUUUCUUACUGCAAUGGAUGUGCUUGCAUUGUAUAAUACAAGGUGAUUUUUUUGGUUUAAUUUUUAGGAUCCAUGCCUAUUGUAGGCAUCCGUUCUGUGUGUGUGUGUGUGUAUGUGUACAUAUAUAUAUAUGGUGUUAGAACAGUUUGGUCAAAGAAAGGCCUUAAGCCCCUUUAAGGAAGUGCAAAUGCAUUUGUUUAAAUUUAGGGGACUUACACGAACAUUCUGAGUUUCGACAACUUUGGGAAGUCUUUCAUUGAGGAAUAAUCUCUCCUUCCCCUGGCCUUUCCCUCCCCUAUAAAUAACUCUGUGGAAAUGUGAAAAGUUAUUUAGAUUCCAUGUGUUGGAAGUGGUCUAUUUUUUAAACUGGUGAACCGCCUGGUGCUGGCCACUAGCUCAGGACUUGGGAUGUUUUCAUAUAAUAUGUUUUAUGUGGUUUAGAUAAACUCUUUACUCAGGAUCUUUAAAGAAAUGCUGAAGAACUGAUAGUUUGUCCGCUCCUUGCUUGCUUAAGAGAAAGUGUUUAUAUUAAGAGAGAAAUGUAUUACAGUGCAGGAAUAUCCGUUUUAGAGGUAUCCCUGAACUGACCUCCCUGUUUUUCCCUGAUUUUCAUUAAAGUAUUUGAUUUUGUAUUUAAA